GGUAUAUUUAGCAGUUUGUACUAUUUAAGGAGAGAGAAAGAAAGAGAGAGCGUAUUGACGUCACUCUUGAGUUAUAAUAAGUGCUCUAUUUUUCAGUCUAACGUUGAGCAUUUAACUGAGAAGAUGAAGACCAGCAUCCAGAGGGGUUUAGUGCUGAGGAAUGAAAACUCCAGUGAAAACUACACCACUGAUUUUAUUUACCAGCUGUACAGCGAAGAGGGCAAAGGAGUGUUUGACUGCAGGAAAAAUGUCCUGGGACACAUGCAGCAGGGCGGCACUCCUUCACCAUUCGACAGGAACUUUGGCACCAAAAUUGCAGCCAAAGCCAUGCAGUGGAUCUCCAAGAAACUCAACGAGUUUUACAAUGAAGGCCGUGUGUUUGCUAACACAGAGGAUUCUGCAUGUUUGUUGGGAAUGCGACGCAGGGCUCUGGUCUUUCAGCCCGUGACUCAACUCAAAGAUGAGAUCGAUUUUGUUCACAGGAUCCCAAAGGAACAAUGGUGGCUGAAACUACGGCCACUCAUGAAGAUACUGGCCAAGUACAAAACCAGUUAUGACGUGUCUGAUUCAGGCCAGCUGGAACACAUCGCUCGUCUGAGAGCUAAAGACCACUCGGCUAUUUAAAGUAAGCUUUGUGUAAAACCCACAGCAGAUCUAUGGAAAUGUACUUUGAUGUUAGCACACAAGCAUAUACGAUGUAUCAAUUCACAUGAAAUUGUGACACUAGACAUUCAGCCAAGAAAAUCAUUAUACAGUGUAUUGUGAGGUUACAAUCUCUGCGCUUAUUUUAUUAUCCCCAUUUACUGGGCAAAGUGCUAUAUUUUGUGAAUAGUCGAGUUAUAAUUAUUAUUGUAGAGCUUAUUUUUCUUAAAUAUAAAGCUAUAGAGAAUCAUCAUCAUCAUCAUCCUGCUGACUUGCACUAAUGUGUCAUAGUUACACAGCUAUCCUGCUCUUGUCCUGUGUGUUUAUGAAAGCUGUUUGUACCAAAGCAGAUGUUGUGUUAGUGUACAUGUUUGUCCUAAAAUUCAUUGUGUGUAACCAAUGAUGCAUAAACUUAGAUUGUAAUUAUGUGACUUUAUUUAUUAGAUAACAUAUACAGAAAAUAUAAUAUAAUAAAAUGCACAUUUGAUGUCAUAA